AUGAAACCAGUUCAUUUACUUAGAUUACAUAAUUUCUCGAUAUUUAAACAACUUCAGAUCGAAGAAGCAUUGUUUAGAUGUAAAGAUGCAGGAAACUGGGUGAUUAUCAACCAAGGUACCCCAGAUCCAAUGGUGGUGAUGGGCAUCUCUGGUAAGCCCGAUCGAUUGGUCAAUCUUGACAAGGCAGUGGACAUGGGAGUUCCCAUCAUCAAGCGAUUCACUGGUGGUGGCACGGUGAUUGUCGAUCAGAGCACACUGUUUGCUUCGUUCAUCAUGGAUAUCGAUUGGCUCACUGAGCAUGCCGGUCUCAAGUCCAAGUUCCCACGUGACAUCAUGAAGUGGAGCGAAGGUUUCUACCGCCAGGUAUUCUCAGACCACCAAGACUUCUCGCUGAUGGAACACGACUACUCUUUUGGCGUACGAAAGUUUGGUGGAAAUGCACAGGCGGUCUCACGUAAUCGUUUCGUGCACCACACAUCGUUCCUCUUUGACUUUAUCAAUGACCGAAUGUCGGUACUCAAGCAACCAGAGAACACACCCAAAUACAGAGAAGGUAGAGAUCAUCUUAGUUUCCUAUGUAAACUAAAGGACCGUUAUGAAAACACAGAGACUAUUGCAACCAACAUAGAAAAUGCAGUUAGAUCUAUCAAUCUAAAUAUUAAUAACAAUAGCAAUAGUAAUAAUAAUAUUAGUAGUAGUAGUAUCAAUAGUAAUAACAAUAGCGAAGAUAUAAACAGUAUCCUAAUAGAUGUAAAUAGUGUAGAUGACGAUAACAGUAACAAUAAUUAUAGCUAUAGGUCACCUUUAAAUUAG